UGUGUUAUCGCUCUAAUGUUAGACGCGUGUUAGCUGCGGAUUUGUAAUUCCCGAUCCUGUGCGGAACAUUUCCGAGACUGUGCAGUAUUACGUGUACACACCACUACACGUGAAAUAUUCCGCUCCGGUCGACUUGCUUCACUUGUUAGCAUUAGCAAGUACUUCCGAUCAUUUACUAAAGUAUAGUUUUGGACACUAAUGACUGUUUGUCAUUGGCCCUUUCUGCAUAGGAAUACAGACAGAUUGUUCAGAUACAAAUAUUUAUCGGAGGAGGCAUUUGAAAUAAGCUAAGCGCACACUUAGUAGUUUUUACUUUUCCAACUUGUAUUUUUCUCACACACACUCAGUGAGAGCUUACUACUAUGAGGCUGGUCAUUCUCGACGACUAUGAUCUGGCCAGUGAGUGGGCAGCAAAAUACAUCCGCAACAGAAUAGUCCAGUUUAAGCCUUCUGCUGACAGGUUCUUUACUCUGGGCUUGCCAACAGGUAGCACUCCUUAUGGCUGUUACCAGAAGUUAAUUGAAUACUACAGACAUGGUGAUAUUUCAUUCAAAUAUGUGAAAACGUUUAACAUGGAUGAAUAUGUCGGUCUACCUCGUGCUCAUCCCGAGAGUUACCACUCCUACAUGUGGAACAAUUUCUUCAAGCACAUUGACAUUGAUCCAGCCAACGCUCACAUUCUUGAUGGAAAUGCACAGAACUUGGAGGAGGAGUGUCAGGCUUAUGAGCAGAAGAUCGCUGAAGCUGGAGGAAUCGAGUUGUUUGUUGGAGGUAUUGGUCCUGAUGGUCACAUAGCAUUCAACGAGCCUGGCUCCAGCCUGGUUUCCAGAACGAGAGUGAAAACCCUCGCAAAGGACACCAUUGUGGCAAAUGCUCGUUUCUUUGGCAAUGACCUCUCCAAGGUUCCCACAAUGGCUCUGACUGUUGGUGUAGGAACUGUCAUGGAUGCCAAGGAGGUGAUGAUUCUUAUCACGGGAGCACACAAAGCUUUUGCUCUCUACAAAGCCAUAGAGGAGGGAGUUAACCACAUGUGGACAGUAUCAGCGUUCCAGCAGCACCCACGCACCAUUUUUGUCUGUGAUGAGGAUGCCACCUUGGAACUCAGAGUCAAAACUGUCAAAUACUUCAAAGGUUUAAUGCAUGUCCAUAAUAAACUGGUGGACCCAGUGCUCAGCAUAAAAGACCAGUAAAGGAGCCAGUGAAUAAGGAAGACAACUGAAGGUUGUGACCAAUGAUUUCUGGAUUCAACAUCUGUUCCACGUCUGAAGAGCUGGUGUUUGAGUCCUUAACUGUGCAUGUUGCUUAUUCAGAAACUUACUUUGAAUGUUAUUCUUUUCAGACUGUUACUGAUUAUUAGUGAAAGGUCACUGUUCAUUUAUGUUGCGAUGUAGUUAUAACACAAGUUUACCUAUCCGAGGUGUUUUGUUUAAUCUUUAACUAAUUAAAACUAGUUAAUGUUUAACUCGUUUUUUCAGGAUUACUUUUUUCUAUAAAGUAAAGACCAUAAACAAAACGCCCAAAUUUGUUUGGUGGUUGAAGCGAACCUAGACUCUUUGUCCAUAUUCAUUCCCAAAGUAGAAGGCAACAAUGUGCGGACAACAGUUCAACAAAAGAAGCAAAUGUGAUGUGUAUGUUGGUCAAAUCUUGUCAACCAAAUAAACACUGUACAUGUAGAUAUA